AUGCCUUCCACCAAGCAGCAGCGUGCCCGCCGCCAGACCGCCCCCUCGGGGCCGCCGCGCAAGCCCACCGCCAGUGAAACACAAGCAAGCCUCUUGACCGUCGAGGAAGUAUCGUCUGACUCAUCUGAGUGGAAAACGCCAGGAUGGAACAACGAGCUUGAGUUCUCGCAGUGGCUCAAUGGCGUCAAGGAUGAUCUGGUCGAAGAGAGCUACGAUGAGUAUCAGUAUGACCGGAAUUGCUUAGAUGAACUCGAACACUCGAAAGACCACAUAGACGAAAUAUUAGCCAACACCUUGACUCUCCUCGACGACCUCUCCAGCUUAUCCGAAUCAUUCAAAUCAGUUGAGACUCAGACAUCGAACUUCGAAAAGCAGUGUGAAGGGCUCCUGUCUGCCCAAGAACGGGACACAAAGCUUGCAAAUGGGAUCCAAAACAAUCUCCAUUAUUAUGAUUUCUUGGACCCUGCGUCCCGGCGACUCAAUGCUCCCGGCGCAGGGAACACCGUCCGCGAUAAGGAGUUCUCCGACAUGCUGAGACGAUUAGAUGUGUGCUUGGACUAUAUGGAAACACAUGUGAGUAGCAUAAUGUUAUAUGCUCUGUGGGCAGCACUGACCUUCACGCAGCCUGAUCAAAAAGAGGCCGAGGUCUAUCGCUCUAGAUACCGUCUGCUUUUGACGCGUGCUCUUACUCUUAUCCGCGGCAACUUUGUAUCUUCACUCAAAGAUAUCCACCAGAACGUUUCGAAGAAAAUUUCGGAUCAGCAAUUAAACGAUACAGCAUUAUCGGCUCUCUUGUAUGCCAAGUUCAGGGUCGGGGCACCUGAAUUGAAGCAGAUUGGGGUCGAGAUCCAGAAGAGAGCUGUACCACCGCUGAAUCCGGACCAAAACGACGAAGCGGAGUAUCAAAGUUUGAUGAAUGAACUGCACAGCAAUUACUCUGCUAUUCGUUCGAAGCUGAUCAUUCCUAUCGCUCGGAAAAAGUUGAUUGAAAUCACACAGACGCCUAGCUCCUCCAAGGACCUGGUUUCCUUUGCCCGAGCUAGUAUCAGCUAUAUCCGCGGAUUAUGUCUCGAUGAAUAUGACCUCUGGGGUGAAUGGUUCCAUGGACAGGGUGGCCUGUAUGAGUUCUUGGAAACGCUGUGCGAGCCGCUUUACGAUCAUCUCCGUCCUCGGGUCAUUCACGAGUCAGAUAUUGUCAAGCUAUGCCAAUUGUGUAAUCUUCUCCAGACUCAUUAUUUCUCAGACCCGGAAGAAGAACAAGAGCAACCCGAGACGAACCAUCUCGACUUUUCCACUCUGAUCCAGCCAGCUUUACAAGAUGUUCAAGCCCGACUUGUCUUCCGCGCACAGGCUGUUCUGCACGAUGAAAUCGAAAGAUAUAAACCCCGGCCAGAAGAUAUUGACUACCCUAUGCGGAAUAAACAGGUCUCCUUGACUGUGUCAGAUACCCAAAUUUCCGGGAAGAAAGACACAUCCGCGGACACUUUGGUUGACAUGACUACCAAACCAGAGAAUGAAGCUGGUGACACACCUCAAGACGCGGACAGUAAAUGGGACUUCGAGACCCAAACUGCCCUGAAGGGAUGGUAUCCUACUCUGCGGAAAGCUAUCUGGCUACUCAGCAGGAUCUACCGCCUAGUAAAUUCUACCGUCUUCGAUGACCUGGCCCACCAAAUUGUGCAUCAAACAACCCUUUCUCUCCAGAACGCUAGCUCCCUAAUCGCUGCCAAAGCCACACCAGCUGAUGGCCAACUCUUCCUUAUGAGUCACCUCCUAAUUCUAAAGCAACAAAUUGUCGCUUUUGAUAUUGAAUUUGUUGCGCCCGAAGUGUCUUUCGAUUUCUCUGGCGUAACGAGCACAUUCUGGGAACUGCGCGAACGUGGCGGUCUUUUCAACCCUCGCAACCUGAUGCGACUUGUCGGCCACGGUCUCAUCCCACGAGUCGUCGAAAACAUGCUCGAUGCAAAGGUCGAGCUAGAUGGACGUCUCCGCACUGUCAUCAAUGACUUUAUCAACGCGUUCGCUGCACGCAUGACUUCCUCACUCCCCGCCAAGUUCGUGGAUACACGUAAUUUGCAGCGUGGCGAACUCAUCCUUCCUUCCUGUCGCACAAUAGAAACGGAAGUUCCCAGCCUCCGGAAGGUUCUGAACGAGUAUAUUGAUGACACGCGCAUGAAGGAGACUCUUGUCGGUGCUGUCCAGGACCGCACCAUUCAGAUAUAUGAGGACUUCUUUGAGAAGUACACUUCUUCGGAGAAAGGAAAGGGCAACCACGUCAGCAAGAAGGGCAAGGGUCGGGACGAUGCUGUAUGGGAUGUCAACACCUUUGCCGAAUGGUGUGAGGGUGUCUUCCGCGUCGGUGUGUCAGGAUUGCACGCUGAUCUUCCCGAAGACGAGGAUGACAUUCUCAGCACCAGUUCCUGA